UAUAUUGAUACAUUGAAAGUGCCACCUCUGUGCCAAGCAGGUGUGUAGUUUCACAGAGCUGAGAUACAGAUGACACACUGUUGAUUUACACUCCUGUUCUACAACAUAUCAAUCACAAAUUAUUUACAAAUGUUCAUUGUCAUUAAAAACAGUAUAAUUAUUUUAGAGUUAAAAUAUCUGAUAACCAAUUGUAUCCACUAAACACGGUCCCGGAGAAGUGAUUGACCUCCUGACUUAUGGGCUGGUUUAGUGUAAGCGUAGCGCUUGGCUUGGUCACGUAACACUUCCUUUAUAAGGAGGAUCAUGAUAACAGUCAGUUCAAAUUGUUUUCAGGUUGCAGCUGAGCCAAAAUGAAGGUCUUUGCUGUACUGGCACUUUGGACAACCCUGCUCCACCAGGGAUACAGCAACACUCUGGACUCAUGUCAGGGUCGGUGUGGUUAUGGAACAGACAAUAGUUUGUCCUGUCAGUGUAACUCGUCCUGUGAACGCUUCAAAGACUGUUGUUCUGACUACAAUCAAAUAUGUAAAGCUGGAGCCACAUCUUGUAAAGGCAGAUGUGACGAGAAAUACAACAAUCAGAACAAGUGCCACUGCAACUCCAAGUGUGCCCAGCACAACAACUGCUGCAGCGACUUCGCAGACCUUUGUGACAGUGAGGGCGGUGGAGGUGGAGGUGGUCUGAUCACUGAUGCUGAGAUCAAGGCUCUCUCUGAGAUGCUCUAUGCUUUGGAUUCAAACAAGGCCUCAGCCUCAGAGUUGAUCAUUGACUCUCAGGCUCUGGUGGGCGGCUCUCAGACGAGCUCCCAGGACGAUCUGUCCUCUAGACCCCUGUUCCGAUACCUGAAUGAGGAGGCUCUGUUCUCCAGACCCACCUACGCUGCUCUACUUGCUGUGCUGGACAACUACGACAGGAUGACUGGACAGACAGAGGACUUCAGUCCUCAGCAGCUGGCUGAGCAGGAAGCCUUCGUCAGGGAGACCAUGUCCAACACUGAGCUGGGCAGGAAGCUGUUUGCUUUCCUCUACACCAAGGGCAUCUAUGUGUCAGAGGAAGAGUUCAUUCAAGAUCUGAAGAUGAUGUGGUUUGGUCUGUACUCACGCAACAACAACAAGAUGGACUCCAGCGGCUUUGAACACAUCUUUGCAGGAGAGAUCAAGGGAGGAAAGGUGUCUGGUUUCCACAACUGGAUCCAGUUUUAUCUUCUCGAAAAAAGAGGAAAUCUGAACUACUACAGCCACAGCUUCAAUGGGCCCUGGACUUCCUACCCUGAUGUCAUGGGGAUGCAGUUUAUGUGGGAGGGCUACUUCAAGCAGGUCGGUUCUGCAGUCAUUGGCUGCAGCCCUGAAUUUGACUUUGCCUUAUACAGUCUUUGUUACAUCACUCGCCCGGGAAAACAGUGUCGUGUGAGCCUGGGGGGAAAGGAGCUCAUCUUCCAAACUUACACCUGGGAUAAUUCUUCCUAUGGUGGUGGAAAGAAGUAUAUCGGCUCUGCCUUUCCGGCAACACCUCAGAACUAAAGCUGCCAUCUAAUAAAACAUAAGCAACACAAAGAAGGAUGUUUGUGU